AUGUCGUUAUUGUCGGGGAAGAAGAGAAACAGAGAGAUAACACUGUUCAUGUCAAGCCCUUCACUCCCAAACUCAAAAAUUGUUCAACUUGUUACUUGUGAUGAUAAAAAAAUAGACUUUGGUUCCAUAGGUUUGUCUACUGGGGAACAUGAUCAUGAUGCUCUUCUUGUCACUGGCAAAGUGGUGAACAAUGGAGGUCAUGAGUCACAAGAUUUUCAACAUGGGGUUAUGAAGGUGAUAGAAACUGGGCAUUAUUGUAACCAUAGAGGGAAUCAACUUGAAGAUAUCAACUUGCACAAGAAUAAAAAGUUGAAAGAGAGCAAAUCAGGUGGGAUUCUGAAUGUCCUAAACUGCAAGAGAAAGCAACUGUUUGAAGAUGUCAACCAAUUCAAAAAGCUAAAAAUAAAUGAAGACAAGUUUGAUAUUUGGGAUAAAGUCGAUGAACUUCCUAGAAGCAUUUCUCAAAACCAGUUUACAUGCAGUUAUACAAAUAAGAAUCUCAAGCAGACAAGAGACGAUGAGAUUGUGGCAGCAAAUUACAAAAGGAUUAGAUACAUUUCAAGCUCAAGAAAAAUAUAA